GCGGCCUGGCCCAGCCCCUUCUCUAAGGAAGCGCAUUUCCUGCCUCCCUGGGCCGGGCUGGAUGAGCUGGGAGCUCCAUGCUGCUGGUCAUACCCCAGCUUCCAUCUGCACCCAGCCAGGACUGCUGCCGUCACUGCCGUCCCCUGGAGCCCAGCACCCCCUCCCCGCCCAUUCGUCAGACAGCGACCCCGGCCCGGCCCCACGUCCCUGUGUCUACUUCUCCUGAUCCCUUGGCCGCCACCUCAGAAGGCUGGAGCAGGGACGCCGUCGCUCCAGCUGCCUGCUCCCCUCGGGUCCCCGCGCGAGCCCACGCCGGCCCCGGCGCCCACCUGCAGCCCUGCCCCUGGACACCGGAUAAGGCCCAGCGCACAGGCCCCUGCGUGGACAGCAUGGACCGUGGCACACUCCCUCUGGCCGUUGUCCUGCUGCUGGCCAGCUGCAGCCUCAGCCUUGCAAAUCUUGAAGAAACAGUCCAUUGUGACCUUCAGCCUCUGGACCCUGAGAGGGGCGAGGUGACAUACACCACCAGCCAGGUCCUGGAGGGCUGUGUGGCUCAGGUCCCCAACGCCAUCCUCGAAGUCCAUGUCCUCUUCCUGGAGUUCCCAAGGGACCUGUCACAGCUGGAGCUGACUCUCCAGGCAUCCAAGCAAAAUGGCACCCAGCCCCGAGAGGUGUUUCUGGUCCUCAGUGUAAACAGUAAUGUCUUCCUGCAGCUCCAGGCCUUGGAAAUCCCACUGCACUUGGCCUAUAAUCCCAAAUUGGUCACCUUCCAAGGGCCCCCAGGAAUCAAUACCACAGAGCUGCCAUCCCUCCCGACCAUGACCCAGAUCCUCGACUGGGCAGCUGCAAGGAGCCCCGUCACCUCUGCUGCCAAGCUGAAUGACCCCCAGAGCAUCCUCCUCCGAGUGGGCCAAGAUGAGGAAACGGAGGCCCGGGGACUUGCACAGGAUCACUUGGCAGCCCAGAGGUCCCUGUUCUUCUGCCUACCGGAAGCCAGCCAGGACAUGGGCCGCAGGCUCGAGUGGCGGCCGCGCACCCACUUGGUCCAUGGCUGCCGCUUGGAAGGCGUGGCCGGCUACAAGGAGGCGUACAUCCUGAGGGUCCUGCCGAGCCACUCCUCUGGGCCCCGGACGGUGACGGUAAAGGUGGAACUGAGCUGCGCGUCUGGGGACCCCGACGCCAUCCUCAUCCUGCAGGGUCCCCCCUACGUGUCCUGGCUUAUCGACGCCAACCACAACAUGCAGAUCUGGACCACUGGAGAAUAUUCCUUCAAGAUCUUUCCAGAGAAGAAUAUUCGUGGCUUUGACCUCCCAGACACACCCCAAGGCCUGCUGAAGGAGGCCAGGCUGCUCAAUGCCAGCGUUGUGGCAGCCUUCGUGGAGCUACCGCUGGCCCGCAUUGUCUCACUUCGGGCCCCCAGCUGCGGUGGUAGACUGCAGACCUCACCUGCACCAAUCCAGACCACUCCUCCCAAGGACACUUGCAGCCCGGAGCUGCUCAUGACCCUGAUCCAGACAACAUGUGCCGAUGACAUCAUGACCCUGGUACUAAAGAAACAGCUUGUUGCGGCUUUGAGGUGCACCAUCACGGGCCUGACCUUAGGGGACUCCAGCUGUCAGGCCAAGGACAGCGGUGACCAGUUUGUCUUGCGCAGUGCUUACUCCAGCUGUGGCAUGGUUGUGACAGCAAAUAUGAUCAGCAAUGAGGUGGUGGUCAAUAUCCUGUCGAGCCCAUCACCACAGCGGAAAAAGGUGUACUGCCUCAACAUGGACAGCCUCUCUUUCCAGUUGGGCCUCUACCUCAGCUCGCGCUUCCUCCAGGCCUCCAGCACCAUCGAGCUGGGGCAGCAGGGCUUUGUGCAGGUGAAAAUGUCCCCACCGAUCCCCGAGCUCCUACUCGAGCUAGACAGCUGCCACCUGGACUUGGGGCCUGAAGGAGGAACCAUGGAACUCAUCCAGGGCCGGGUAGCCAAGAGCAGCUGUGUAAACCUGCUGUCCCCAAGCCCUGAGGGUGACCCACGCUUCAGCUUCCUCUUCCACGUCUACACAGCACCCAUACCCAAAGCCGGCACCCUCCGCUGCACUGUAGCCCUGCGUCCCAAGACCGGGUCCCAGGAAUUCCGCAGCACUGUCUUCACGCGCUUAAACAUCAGCCCUGACUUGUCUGGUGAGCUUCCUCCGGGUAUCUCAAGUUGCACAAGCAAAGGCCUCCUCCUGCCCGCCGUGCUGGGCAUCACCUUUGGUGCCUUCCUCAUCGGGGCCCUGCUCACCGCCGCGCUCUGGUACAUCUACUCGCACACGCGUCCCCCCCGCAAGCAGGAGCCCGUGGUGGCGGUGGCUGCCCCCGCCUCCUCAGAGAGCAGCAGCACCAACCACAGCAUCGGGAGCACCCAGAGCACCCCCUGCUCCACCAGCAGCAUGGCAUAGCCCCGGGUCCCCCGCACUCGCCCAGCAGGAGACUGAGCAGCCACCAGCCAGGAGCGCAGGCGUGAACUCACCCUGGGAGCCAGUCCUCCACUGGACCCAGGAUGGAGCCUGUUCUCUGCGCCUGCCCUUCCUGCCUCCCUCUCGGAGGCCUGCUGCCAGCAGGGCCACUGGCUUGGAACAUCUUGGGGGGGUCUCCACCCCACUCCACAGAACCUUUAACCCAGCCUGGGAUAUGGCUGCCCAGGACCAUGGACACCACUUGCCACACAGUUGUAAAAACCCAAUUCCCUGUCAUUUGAACCUGGAUCCGGCACUGGUGAACCGAGCUGGGCAGGAGGGGAGAAAGCGAAACAGAUUCAGACCAGCCCAGCCAGGCUGACGGCGCCUCCCUGCUGGGAACAGAAGCGGGCCCAGCCCAGAGCCACCUGGAUCUAUCCCUGUAGCCUCCACACCUGGACUUGCCUAACUAGCAGGAGAGACAGGAGCCCAGAGGGUGGCAAGAACAGUGGGCACUGGGAGCCUAGCUCCUCUGCCACACAGAGCCCCCUCUACCGAUCAGGCAGCCGGCAGGGGGAGAAUCCAAGCUGCUUGUCCUGGGCCCGCCCCUGUGUAUUCACCACCAAUAAAUCAGACCUUGAAACCA